GUCAUUUACAAUCCACAUGGAUUCACAUGUUGCCGUUUGCAAAGUUGACCCUUGCCCAACGACUAACAUACCGCCCUUGCCUGAUUGCCCUGAAAGUUUAAGCUGCCCGAGAAUCUCGUGUUCAAACGAAUAAUACGGAAGGUUGCAAUGAUAAAAGGAUGCGUAAAAUUGCGAUCAUGCAGGUCUAUCCUGUUGUUUCGUCUGGCACAUUGUAAAUAUGGAGGCCAAAGAUCUAAUGCGUUUUCAAAUUCUGCACAAGAAUCCAGUGAAUUAUGUAUUGCUCAAUCAAGCCGUGAUCAAAUCGUCAAAGAGCAAAAUGAUUUAUUUUCAAGUUUAAAAUCCAAAAUCAUGUCGGCUAAAAUUCCAAGAAUUGAAAAAAUUAAGGUUGAAUACAGAGGACGCAACAUAGCAGAUGAUGCGACAAUGUUAAUGAAUAAAAUGUUAUCAACACCAUAUCAGUGUGCAAUGCACAUUUCAAAAAAUCUUGCCGAUGAUUCAGUACUUGCACUAGUAAAGAAAAACGAUAAAUCUAAUCAGCAAGACGGGGUCAUUGUUGCAGUCAAAACUGAAAAUGAAACCGAAAAUGCAAGGACAGAUGUCGAUGAUAGUAAUCCUAGCACAGAGGUUAUUACAUUAGCUGAGAUUUCACAGCCUGAAUGGAUACCAUGGGAUAUGCACAGACCCCUCGAUUUUGAUUGCGAAAUUAAACUCUUGAAAUAUAAUAUGUAUCAACCUAAAAAGGAAGAAAUGAUGAUGAUCAACAGGGCAUACUGGAAAUCAUGUUCCCUAAUAUUAGGUGCUGUUGCUCAAGAAGCUUUCCAAGAAGACGUCGAUAUUAAACUUGCCUAUCUGCCAAAUAUAUCAGAGAAAAAUGGAGCCUUUUGUUAUGAUAUAAAUUUGAGUAAAGACUUGAUUCAUUCUGAUGGAUCCGCAAAGUGGAUUGUUGAUGAAUCUGUUUUGAUCGCUUUAACAAAAACAGCACGCAAUAUUUUGUCACAAAAAUUACGUUUCGAAUAUUUGGAAAUUCAUAAAGAUGAUGCUAAAGAAUUAUUUAAACAUAAUGAGUAUCAGUUGCAGCGCAUUGAGAAAAAUGUUUAUCUUUCUCUUCCCAAUUCAUAUAUUCCUGUUUAUAAAUUUGGAAAAUAUAUUGAUAUAUGUGAAGGACCACUCAUACCAUCUACAGAAUCGAUAUAUCAUUUUGUUGUCACUGCGGUUCAUCAGUUGAAAUGUUCUGACCCAGAUAGGACAGGAACAUGUUUGUGGAGAUUUCAAGGUUUAUCGUUGCCUAAGCAGCUUCAAGUUCAUCAUGCUAUAUGGGCAAUGUUGGAACACAGAGCUAGAAAUCUAGUUAAACAAGACCUUCCUUUCAGUAUAAUGGAAUCGGAUGCUCAUCAUUUUAAUGCUUCACUACAUAAGUAUCAGUCAAUUGAAAAUGAAACUAAGAAAUACAGUCAUGCUACUGGACAAUGGUUGCAGGAUAAAUGGGAUUUAUCCAAUGAGAAGUUGAAAAUUCCAGAGAGAUGAUUUCCAUGGAUCUGAAUGGCAAAAUAGUAUAAUGACUAAUGAGUAUUAUGAUAUAUGUCAUAGUAAUCUAUCAUUAUCAAAUUAGCUGUGAUUUUGGGCUAUGCCGUCUUUUGAUAUAUCGGUAAGAUAGGUUAAGUCUGGACACUGAUCAGCACAUAGCAUUGGAAUCCUUUUAUCCUUUGCCAAAAACUGCUGUUCAAAGUAAAGUUGUUUCUGUUGGUGGAGAAGGUCAAGAUACAAAGACCUGAUCAAAGAGGGGGCAUGGAUGAAAAGUUUUUGGAACACGUUACAGGUCACAUGCUAAUUGGAAUUUGGAAGCCCCCAAGUUUUGUGGACUCAGUUGCUGAAUUCAUUCUAGUGUUCUCCAACAUUGUCAUGGUGAUUGUGAUUUUUUUUAUCAUCAUCAUUUAACCUGACAAAUUGUUUUACUACAAACUGCAAAUUGUUUCCUCUCUAUUUAGUUUAUUUCUACUAUUAAAAAUCAAUGUUUUCACUUUCCAGUAUCUUGUACCUUUUCAGGGUUGGCGAAAUUUGGUGCAGUGAAUAGAAAUGUUUUACAAAGUCUGAUGUUGAUCUAGGAUUAUAAAAGAAAUGCACUGAAAUUAUUUGAAUACCUUGUGACUCUUCUUUUACAAUGAAUACAAGAUCUAGUUGUAAAAACCGGA